UUUGUUUGUUGUGUGUUCGGGGCACGAGCGAGAAACGGAGACAGGCUAACCCUCGCAAGCGGUCUCCCGUCUGGCCGAACCGCCAGACCGUCUCACCUGUUUCGACUGGCAGCAGCGGAUCAGAAGCCUCGAAGGAGGCGGACAUGGCGGAGACUUGGGCCGUAGCCUCUUGGGCGAUCUUCGAUAUCUGUACUGUCCACUGUCGGUAAUGAGCUUGCUGGGGUCUUCAUCGCGCGAACAAGUUGCUUCGAGACGUGGGCAGCGUGGUACGGAAUCUCGCAGUGCUAGUCCACCGAAGGACCUGCGCCACCCGUGCCACCCCCACUCACGGACAAGAAGUGUAGGUCUGCGGGACUGCCAGAGCUCUUCGGGGAGCUCUUCCGAGGCCGUAAGCGUCCAACAGGGCCCGAGCCGGCUGUCCAGAAAGUCGUCAUCUUGUCGUUCACUUCCAUCCCCAUCAGACUCUAAAACCUCAGGUGCCUGUCUUCAAAAGGAGUUAUUGCCGUGGAGGUCACCUCAGGAGAAGGCCAAAUCCCCCACUGUACUCGUUCUCAACAGACGGCACCUAAAACAAUGUCCACUCAUUACCGGAGAAGAGGACAACCUAAAAAUCCUGCGCUGCCGGCAGAACCACAUCACGGAGAUAGAGUACCUGUCCUCACUCACAAACCUCUGCAUCCUGGACAUGUGUGACAAUGAGCUCAGGACAACGUCUGGCCUGCAGGGACUCCGGUCUCUCAGGGUGCUUCUGCUCUCCGGAAACCGGAUUGAAGAGCUUUCUGGUCUGGAGACUUUGACUUCCCUUGAAAUUCUGAGUGCCAGCAAUAAUUUGAUAAAAAGUGCAAGAGGUCUCGAAGGGUUAAAGGAGCUAUGUAUACUAAACUUGUCAUCCAAUCAGGUCAGUUGCCUGGGCUCCGAACUAAACCAGCUCACACAACUGACCGAGCUGUACGUGGAAAAAAACAGGGUCACGAGCAUUGACUGCUUGCAGGAACUCCCAAACCUGAAGAAGCUCUUUCUCAGCAACAACUUUAUCAAGAGCUUGGAUGACGCAGCAAAUUUGAUGUCCUGCACAUCACUUCUUCAGUUGUCCCUGAAAGGAUGUCCAGUCACCCGUCUGCAAGGCUACAGACAGGCAUUGCUCACCGGCCUCCCCCAGUUGAAGUACCUGGAUUAUUCCUUUAUCACCGAAGAAGAAAGACGACGCGCUCGCCUUUCUUGGCAGCGGGAGACACGGCGAAGGCGGCGUCUGACCCAGCUAAGAAGACACAGAGCACUGCUAGAUGCUGCCAUCACGUCAAGCCGGCUGCUUUGGGAAUGCCCGGACCCACAGGCCUCGCUUUCUACAUUGAAAGAGAAGACGUUUAUCAUGCUCCCUGCAAGCCAGCACGGCUCCACUGAAGAUGAGUCUUCCUCGGCGUCUUUAUCGACGUGUGGUGCUCUCGACGAUGCUUACUGCCAAGCAGCUGAGCUAAAAGACGUCACUGUGGAAAUAUAUGGUCCUGGAGCGAUAGCCAAGCUUCUUUGCCAGUCUUUGAGUCAGAGAUCUGUCGCCUCCAUCACUGUGCUGAAGCUGAACUACGUCUGCUAUCAAGAUGUCUUCCCCGACUUGGUUAAGCUGCGGAAGAAGUUUCCAGGCAUUAAUUGUCUUUAUCUACGGUGCUGCAGAGUUGACAAGCUGUGUCACCUCAAGAUGCUGUCGAGUCUACGAGGACUCAAAAGCAUCACCGUUGAAGACGCCGGCAAUGGGGUUACGCUGCUCUCCAUCUGGAAGCCUUACUUCAUCUUUUGCCUUGGGGAUGAUGUGGAAACGCUCAAUUCGAGUCCAAUAACACUUGUCGAGAAACAAAAAGCAGACCUUCUCUUCAGUGGUAUCACAAAGUUUACGGAACUCGGGUCUGAACUGCGGAGCCUUGACCAGUGUGCUGAUACAAGUGUAUUUCAGGUGAAGCCUGAAGGGAAUCCAGAGUCGUUGCCGUCUCAGAUUGUGCGAGAUGCCUUCAGGAGGGCCGAAAAGCAGCAGAUGUUGAGGAUGGCCUGUCAUCAUGCCUGGACUGCCAUCCUUGCAAGGGCUGUGGCACCUGCAAUAGUCAGAUAUCAAGACCUUCCAAAGGCUAUGGAAGCUUCGCUAAGAAAGGCCCUUGAGAAGAGCCAUUGCUCAACUUAAAAAAGACUUAUGUGCUUAGUCCUCGAUUAGCGAAAUAAAUGCGAUGCAAACUCGAUUUGCAAUAGGUGAAAUGGAAAGUGAGAGAAGGAAUA